AUGGAUAGUGCGCGCUCUCGAACCCGUCGGCGAGAGUCUCGCGACCGGACUCCCGUGGAGUCGUCAUCGAACGAAUUGGCUGCGGGGCCCGAAGUUGACGAGUCCAAGCUCCGGCGAGGGAGCUGGUCGAACCAGAAGACUUUCACACCAAAACGACAGAAACAUGAGGCAAGGGAAUACAGAGAGUCGGAGAGCUCGGAUGAGCUGGUUGCCGAUGCAGACGAUUACUGGCGAGGCUCGCGAAACCGCCGAAGCCGUUCGCCUAUCGACCGUCAUGCCGAUUCGAGCAGCAAUGACCGAUCUCAUGGCGGGUCUGAUGAGGACAGGAUGAGCAACGGCGACGAGACGCUCGCUCCAGGACGCGAUGAUAUGUCUGACCGAUCUUCCACACCUGCGCCUUCAGUGGAGGCACCUGUCAAGCCCGAGCGACUCAAUUACAAGGAAAAGUUCGUUCUUCGGGGUCACCUGCGCGGCGUGUCUGCUGUGCAGUUCUCGCCAGAUUGCUCGAUGAUUGCAAGUGGAAGUGCCGAUGCUACCAUCAAGGUCUGGGAUACGUUGACUGGCCGGUUGAUCUAUACAUUCGAGGGACACCUUGCUGGUAUUUCUUCACUAGCUUGGAGUCCUGAUGGGCAGUGGAUUGCGUCUGGCUCUGAUGACAAGACAAUUAGGUUCUGGAACGUUAAUACGGGUCGAGCGCACACGAAAACCUUCGAAGGGCACCACAACUACGUCUACCAGAUUGCAUUCGCACCCAAGGGUAAUAUUCUCGUCAGUGGAUCUUAUGACGAAGCUGUCUUCAUAUGGGAUGUUCGACGAGCACGAGUCAUGCGCUCCCUUCCUGCACACUCCGACCCUGUCGCGGGCAUCGACGUCGUGCAUGACGGCACUCUUAUUGUGUCCUGUGCUCUUGAUGGACUCGUCCGAGUCUGGGAUACCCAUAGUGGGCAGUGCUUGAGGACUCUUGUUCAUGAAGAUAAUCCGCCUGCUACUUGCGUCAAGUUCUCUCCAAAUGGGAAAUACAUUCUGGCGUGGACUUUGGACGGUUGUGUGCGCAUGUGGAACUACGUCGAGAGUCGCGUUAUCAAAACAUUCCAGGGCCAUGUGAACAAAAAGUACAGUUUGAGCGGCAGCUUUGGCUAUUAUGGCUCACCAGAUGUCAAGCACAAUCCACCCUUAGCUUUUGCCGUGAGCGGCAGCGAGGACGGCGCGAUUCUUUGCUGGGAUAUUGUCAGCAAGAAUAUUCUUCAGCGGAUUGAGGGCCACACCGACGUCGUUAUAAGCGUUCACACAGGAAAGCUGAACGGGAAGCGUAUGCUCGUGAGCUGUGGCCUCGACAAGACCAUCCGCGUGUGGGAGGAAGCUCCUGAGGAUCAAGAGCAAAAUGGCGCUGGGGCAUCUCCGGUCGAAGUUGUCACCGAAACUAUUGUUCAAAAUGAUAUCGCUAGCAACAACGAUGAAGACGGUGACAACGAGAUGGUUGACGCUCCUCUCGAUCCCUCUACUACUGAGACGACUCCUGCGCUGACGGAGGACGUGACGAUGACAUGA